CUCAUAUACAAGGUCGACAGCUGUUGAACAGCAUAACGACGACCCCCCGGUUGCGGUUGACACGACACGACACACCUCAUCCAAUUCGACCCACUCGACUCGCACGUGUCUCUUUGUAUCAUCGGCCUUGUGUUUUGGGCCCAGCCUUUCUGAACAGGUCGCGACUUGCAUUUUUCUGCUUCCACAACCUUGUCAACCCUGCACUCUCCCCCACACACGGCACACUUGGCGACUGCACCGACUUGCGACUGUGCUCCUCUUGUGAGGUUGCUCUUCACCCCUCACUUUUCGUCGUUGUCGACUCGCGACUCGCUCAAAAGUGGCGCGCGCACCGGCAUUUGCAACUAUGCGACUCCCCUCGAUCCUCUCCAAUCCGACGCGACCGCGCCUGUCCUUCUUGCGGCGCGACACGGAUGACGUGCCAAGACGAAGCGACUCUAUCGACCUCGAGGCGCAGACGAGCAGGCGGUCAACGACCGGGGACGCGGCGCACGAGACAGUAGCUGUCGGCGAGUCGACCGCCGUCGACGAGAAGUCGCGUACAGCAGUACACUUUGCCGCCAACCCCCCGCCAUACGACGCGGCUUCUGCAGUACCGGUAGUGUCUGACAAGGAAGCUGCGCCAGUAACGAGCCGUGACCCGGCGAUUCCUACCACGGAUACGACCGAAGAGCCAACAACCAUCCAGGUGCCAUGUACCAACCCAAACCAGCCCCCCACGGUCAUGGUCCUCUUCAAGGAGGACUACAAGUGGGCACGAGCCUAUCUCAAGGAUAUGGACUACCGUGUCGCGCUUCGCCGUUGCCUUGCACGACACUUGUACAAAUGGUACGCCCUGGCGAUCAUCAUCAUCACCAUCUCGGCCCUUGUCUCGGCAAAGCACACGACGAUCGUCAACUUCUGCCAGCCGGUGACGCGCCGCAUCCGGCACUGGCCCGGCGGCUGGCUCAUCCCCAUUGUGCUGCUCAUCAUCGUGUCGUUCCCUCCACUCAUUGGACACGAGAUCAUCGGCAUCCUUUGUGGCUUGGUAUGGGGUCUUGGCGAAGGGUUCGGCAUCCUGUGCGCGGGCACGUUCUUGGGCGAACUGGCCACCUGGGUGGCAUUCAAGUGGUGGUGCACUGCCCGUGCGCAAAAGUUUGAGAAGAGAAACCGUCUCUACGCGUCCCUCACGCAACUCAUUCGCGAGAAGAGCUUCAUGUUUGUGCUCAUCCUCCGCUUCUCCGCAGUGCCAGGACACAUUGUCACGGCCGUGUCAGCGAGCGCCGGAGCCCACUUUGGAUCUUACUGCGCCGCCGCCAUCUUAACGCUGCCAAAGCAGUUUGUCAUCGUGUAUCUCGGCCAGUCGUUUGGCCACCACAACCCGAGGGACACGAUCAUUUCAUGGUGCGCGACGAUCGCGACACUGCUCGGCACAGUCGUGGCUGCCGGGUACAUCUACUACCAGAUGCGCGUCGUCAUCCGCAACGGCAGCGCGAGCCAGCUGCCACUUGCCGACCCUCACGCCCCCGGCUCGCCUAGCUGGGCCGACCUCGAGGUCCGCGGCGCUCGCGGUGUUGGAGCCGGUGCGCGUAUCGACGUCGAGGGCCGCCGCUCGGUCGAUGUCAUUAUCGGCCCGCACGCCCGCCGCCCGUGGAUCGAGGCGCAGCAGCGCCAGCAGCAGCUCCAGCGCGCCCGCAUGGCGGCCAACGUCGGCCAGCGGACUCCCCAGCGUACGCGCAGUCUCCCCGGCAAUAUCACGGAGAACGAGAUGCGCGACUGGCUGUCGCAGCUGGACACGGCGCUGAUGACGACGGCUGGCCACCCCGAGGUCCGCGUCAUCGAGCCACCAGUCCACCACGAUGGUCACGGUGUCGACGACGCCGAGCUGGUGCAGGAGGCUCGCCGACCGGCCCGCUCACGCGCCAACACUGGCACGCUUGAGCCCAUCCCCUACUCGCAGCAUGUGCUCCUCAGCCCACCUGUCGCGCCGUGCAAGUCGUCAUCGCCGACUGUAACGCCGCUCCAACUCCCCGACCUGGCUGUCGAGCACAUCUACCCCCACCCCGACGAGGACACUUCGCGUGCCCCGCACCGCCCGCUCUCCGGCGCCGUACCAGCCAUCACGCUCACGCCGACCUACACCCCAGCGCGCUCGCGCGCCGACAGCCUCCGCGGAACGCAGUCGCUUGACAUUGAGCGCCCCCUGCGUUUCCGCCCCUCUGGACCCGAGAUUGCCGACGAGGCCGACCAGUACGCGAUCGCGCACGGAGCUCGCCGCCCAGACCUGAGCCGCCUGCGCGGUGACAGCCGUGCGGCGCUACUUGGCCGCCCCAAGGACAAGGACUCGGACGAGGAAUAGACGACGACGUUGAUUCGGACGAUUGACUGAUCCGGACGAUUGAGCGGACGCUAAGGAGCUACGGAUUUAAUCCUAUCUGCCAGGGCACGCACUGCUCUGCUUUUACGACCACAUUUGAACGCUUGGCGACAUUUGCCGACAUCUGCACGACCACAUUUUCCUAGCCAUCAGCAUACAGAGAGAGCAUUGUAACAUUGUACGAUUCAUGAGGAUGCAGAUGUACUGUGUUGUGAUGUACACGGGCGGGGGAGCUAAGUCUACAGGUCUAGUCGUGGUCUACCGAAUCAGGAUAUCAGGAACUGCGUGUGUAUGUGUGUAAUGUGUGUUAGAUGACGUCUUGGGUUCGCACGUCGACGCCGUUGGCGACCGUCUCCUUGGUCGUAGGCGUGAGUGG